UCACCAAUGCCCUAGUAUAGAUUGCCUCUCUUCAUCGGGUGUCACACACCACUGCAGCUCUCUAAAAAUAUCUUUGCAUUCUUUUUGAUAAUUGUUAAACUUCUGUUGAAGUUGAUCCGGAUCUAUCCAACCAGUCGUCUGAACUGGUAUUGGACCGAGGCAGCCCUGCAGAGUCACCUCAGAUAUUACUUUAUAUUUAGUGGCAAAGAAUUUUCAGCACAUUUCACCAACGAUGUCUGGCAACACGCAGCAGAGCAAGAGCUGUCCCAUUCCCACACGUGUCCUGCACCUCAAAGACUGGUCUCAACUCCCAGACUGCUACAGUCAGACUCCUGGAGGAACACUCUUCUCCACCACACCAGGAGGAACCCGGAUUAUUUACGACAGAAAGUUCCUCCUCGACUGUAGAAACUCCCCCAUCGCCCGGACCCCACCCUGCUGUCUGCCUCAGAUUCCUGGGGUCACCAUUCCUUCACACCAUCCCAUGUCCAAACUGCAGGAACUCAAAGAGGAGUUGGAGGAGGAUAAGGAUCUGGCAGCUGAUGAUAACCAGUUUGAGAUGGACAUUUGAAUCUUUCAUCUACCUCCUGUGGAGAAUUGUCUCUCUUAUCUGCUGGGAUGUUGCUGCAUGGCCCAUAAUCAGCGGACAUCACUCAUUCACCAGAUUCACAAGGCUUUUUAUGGAGCCAAAUGCCCAAAGGGUGUCUUAUUCCUUUGUGUAAAAGUGUUUGUUAGAAGGUUACACAAAGAAAAAUAGAAAUGUUUGACAGUUCUUUAUUGUACAUAUGUUACUUUCUACUUUUUUUAAGAAAAUGUAGCAUUACAAAUGAGUCGGGGCAGAUCCUUGACAAAAUCUGUCAUUUCUGAACAUCAUAUAUAUCAGCAAAUAUGUUCGUUGUUUAAUGGUAGACACUGACUAAAUGCCAAAUGAAUGAAUGUUGCAUGCUUUGGUGAUUCAACUGAAAUAGCACAUCAGAACAUAAAUGUGAACCACCAUGUGCCCUCAGGGUUUUUCCUGGUGUUUCAUUUGCCUGGAUUUUCUCAUGUUUUAUCUUGUUUGUGGGAAAAAACAAACAAAUAUGUGAUUCGAUUUAUUUCGUUUGGAAAUAUGUAUUGCCUACAAGUAUUGGUUUUAUUGUCGAGAAACGUCGCAUGACCUACAAAAACAUGUGACCUCUACCUCCCUCUAGUGCUAAAAAGGUCUUGUACACUAGUUUUGCAUUUCCUCAAAGAAAUACCAGUGCUUGCAAGGCAAAAAAAAAAAAAAAAACAAUUUAUAGGCAUUGAUACUUUGUAAAUUAAAUUUUUUAUCAGAGCAGUUGUCAAUUAAAUUUAGCAUGCAUCUAGUUCACUGAAAACAACCAGCAGUAGCAGCAAAAAAAAAAAAAAAAAGGCCUGUUUAAUUCUAAGGGUCAGAUAGAGGGCAGAAAAUUGUCAUAAACUAAAUUUCACGAAGACUUUCAGUGCCAAAAAUUUAAUUACAUUAUAGAAAAUUGAAAUACAAAUGUAAUACAUUUCUUUAAAGGUGCACUCAGUAACUUUUAUCUUUGUGUCAUCUUGGUCUAACAGUGACACCUAGUGGCUUGGAUGCAGCAUCAUUUAAAAUUAAUAGUUUCCUGUUUCAGAUGCUUUUGUAGAAAUGUUUUCACAGUCAGCCAUGAUUACUUUAAUCAAUGAGUGAAAGUGUCCAAUAACAGGAUGGUUACAUGAGAUUAAGUGAGUAGUGUUCAGCUGGUCGUGUGAUUGUAACAUGGCAGCCCCCAUGUGCAGACCCUCUCCAUGUAGAAUAAAACAGCUUUUAUAAGGUUACUGAUAUGACUGGAGUCUUCACUUUAAUGUGAGUCCUCAUGAUUUCUAACAUAUAUUACAAAAUUACAAUUCAUGUCUUUAGAAGUUUUUAGAAGAAUAAAAUUACAGAGUGCACCUUCAAAACAAACAGUCCCUAAUCCAGAAUGUGUACUGAAAGCAUAUGUAUUAAUUAACAAUCAAAACUUGCUUAUGGCUUUAUAUUUUAUUUAGUAACAUGACAUUUAUUUUAUAUUUAUUUUAUUUACUGAAACGGACUAAAUCCUCAGAAAAUUAUCAAUUCAAAAGCAGGCUAAACCUUUGGAGAAUCUACCAAUAAAAACUAUGUUGCUGUUUAACAAGAAUUUCCAAGUUUUAACAAAAUCAGAAGUGAAAGACAUGCACUGCAGUCUCUCAUAGGUUAAAUUUGGAACAAGAUGCCAUAUACAGGCAUGUUAUCAAGGAUGUGUUUCAAAACAAAUGAUUGCUGUUAGGUUUGGGUACACCCUGGCAAAAGCACAGCAUAUGCAGGGACCUUUGGAAACUGUCCAGUAACCAUUAUAAUACAAAUGUAAAUCCACACCAUUAAGGAGUGAUUUUUUUUUUAGUGACCUGUUUAUUCAAAUUGCACUAUGUGCAUUUAAAACUGUUUCAUCUUUUUCUACCAGUUACCAAAGAAAAGCCUUAUUUGAAUACUUUUCCAUUUAUUUGUAAUUACAGGUUAGGGAUUUCUUUAAGACUAACAAAGAGCAAUGUCUUGCCAAUGACAAUGAGCGAAGAGUUUAAUAAUACUUAAAUUAAGAAAUUUCUUCACAUCAAUUGCAGAUUUCUCCAAUGUACAAAUGUCCUGAUAUUUCCAGGGUUUCCCUAAUAGUGUUGCAACAUUGUAUUUGUGUUGUUGGUUAAGGACAACUACAUUACAAUAAUUUUGAUGCACUGAAAUAGCACAUUACAGGUAUUAUUCAAAAGCAUUAGACAGACAAUAGACAUCAUAAAAACCAAGUUUAUUUUUUGAAAUUUGUCCAAGACACUGGGAGGAAUGCGUUGCCAGUGUUUAAGAGAAAGAAUCCUGUUACAGUUACCUGUGUAUGUUUUGAGGUAUAGUUUACCAUUAAAGCCACUUUUAAAUAUCUAACAAGAUGGGAGGAAAUCUCCUUAAAAGCAGUAAAGAGAAGAAAAAAAAAAAAAAAAA